AUGACAGUCGAUGAUCAUGAUGUUACAGAGAGCUCAUUCAAUGGGCUUAUGCAAGCAUUAAACUUAGACAGCAAUCAAUUCAAAGAAUAUGACAUUGAAAGUUUCCAUCAAUUAAACUUUCAACAACUCUCCCAACUCAAAACAGAAAUUGAAUCACAACUAACUAUUUUGUUUGAUUUAUUAAGACAGAAAUAUAAUGCUGAUAUGGAGACUAAAUUGGUUACAAUUGAUGGGUUCCCCAGGAGUGAUAUUGAUGUUGUUAGUAUUAGAUUAAUUAGAGUACGAAUUAUUCGAUUAAGAAAUGAUGAUAAACUGAUUAUUCAUCUUUUGGAGCAGAAAAUGGCAGAAGAGUUUGCAUCGAGGAAAGACCAAGUUGAAGAAGAGCCACAAGAACAACAGACAUCAAGCCCUGCAGCCGAUAGACAAAUAUUGACUCAACGGUAUACUAUUCCAUUUGCGAGAGUAAGUCAAAUAGUACCAAGUGGACCAGCAGAGAAAUCGGGAUUAAAAGAAGGAGAUCAGAUUAUUUUAUUUGAUAAUGAUAUACAUGCUGUCAAUAAUAGAAAGCUUGCCGAAUUGGUGAUUAGAGUUCGUUCUAAACAAGAUCAAAAUAUAAAUGUGGAUAUAAAACGAGGAGAUGAAAGGAUUAAUCUUGUAUUAAAACCAACAGAUAAAUGGGAUGGUCAGGGUCUAUUAGGGUGUCGAUUAGUUCCUAUCUAA